GACGCACUCUUCCUUUUCAGCUCUCGCUCCCCACUCCCUCACUGCUCGUUACUCGACGGGCUCUCGCACUGAAUCAAUAACCGCUUCGCCGCGCAAUUGCGUAGCGUAAUCACAGGUGAUCAUGGCUGAGCGAGGAGGAGAACGCGGAGGCUUCGGCCGUGGUUUCGGUCGCGGCGAUCGAGGUGACCGAGGUGGCCGUGGAGACAGAGGCCGAGGGGACCGACGCGGUGGGCGCCGUGGCGCCAAGCGUGACGAGGAGGAGAAGUGGGUGCCCGUCACUAAGCUCGGAAGGCUGGUGAAGGACGGAAAGAUCAAGUCGCUUGAGCAGAUUUACCUCUUCUCUCUGCCCAUCAAAGAACACCAGAUUGUAGAGUUUUUCUUGGGUUCCGCAUUGAAGGAUGAGGUCAUGAAGAUUAUGCCCGUGCAGAAGCAGACUCGUGCCGGGCAGCGCACCAGGUUCAAAGCCUUCGUCGUCGUCGGUGAUAACAAUGGUCAUGUUGGUCUGGGAGUAAAAUGUAGCAAGGAGGUGGCCACCGCCAUAAGGGGUGCCAUUAUUCUGGCUAAGUUGUCUGUUAUUCCAGUCCGCCGAGGAUACUGGGGUAACAAGAUUGGUAAGCCCCACACCGUGCCUUGCAAGGUCACCGGAAAAUGUGGCUCCGUCACUGUGAGGUUGGUUCCCGCCCCUAGGGGUUCUGGUAUUGUCGCCGCCCGCGUGCCCAAGAAGGUUUUGCAGUUUGCCGGUAUUGAGGAUGUGUUCACCUCUUCCCGCGGCUCCACCAAGACCCUCGGUAACUUCGUGAAGGCCACAUUCGAGUGUCUUCUGAAGACCUAUGGGUUCUUGACCCCCGACCUCUGGAGAGAAACUCGCUUCUCGAAGUCGCCCUUCCAGGAAUUUACUGAUUUCCUUGCUAAACCUCACAAAAUUAGCGUUGUGGAAGACGUAGAGAAGACCCCUGUGUACUGAGAGCUGCUAGUUGUAUUUUUUGCGCCGGGAUUCUGUGCUUCCAGGAACGACUGCUCUCUUGGAUAUGGCACGUUAUGGAAAGUAAAGCGACAGUUUGCAGUAAAUAUAUAUUUUUUGUCACCUCGUUCAAAAAUA